CCAGUGUAAGGACAGGCUGCACCGCUGCGUGUCAGCUGAAUGAGUCAGAUAUGAAUGCGGAUCCGGGAAAUGAGUAAAUGGGCGUGUUUUACAGAGCACAUGGUCGACCAUCUCCAGCGUGGCUUUCCAUACUUUACAGACAUUCAGCUACUUAUAUUUCAUUAUUCCACACCUGAACCUCUUCCCUCAGACCAAAUUGCAAGAUGAAAUGUGCAUUAAAUAAAAGAGGCCUUGUGGCCGUCAUCUUUUUCAUUCUGGGAAUGGGGACACUUCUUCCAUGGAAUUUCUUCACAACUGCCUUUGCUUAUUUCAAUGAACGUCUGAGUCCGACAACAGUGAACAAUGUCACCGACUCUGGCCAGACAGAUCGAUACAUGUUCAACAACAUGUGUGUGCUGAUUUCCCAGCUUCCUUUGCUGCUGUUCACCCUCCUGAACUCCUUUCUUUAUCAGCAUAUCGCAGAGAAGAUAAGGAUAGUUGGAAGCAUGGUCUUUAUAUUACUGCUCUUCAUCCUUACUGCUGCUUUGGUGAAGGUGAAAAUGGAGCAGGACCUUUUCUACAACAUUACAAUGACAACCAUCUGGUUCAUCAACAUGUUUGGGGCGGUGUUACAGGGCAGUCUGUUUGGUCUGGUUGGGAAGCUCCCUCAGAAGUACAGCUCCUCUUUUAUGAGUGGCCAGGCUGUGGCUGGCAUCUUCUCUGCUGUUGCCAUGUUGAUUUCACAGAUAUCUGAAGCUGACAAUGAGAAUGCGGCUUUGGGCUACUUUCUGACUCCCUGUGCUGCUACACUCCUCACACUGUGCUGUUACCUACUGCUGUCUCACCUGAAAUAUGAAGAAGAUGGGCUUGGUAACAAUGGGGACACCAAGAAAGAGGCAACUUUAAAGCAAACGGAGAGCGUGACCUUGGUCAAGGUGAAGCUCAGUGAGCCUGCCUAUGGUCCAGACUGCGGUGGUCAGAACAAUUUAACUGCAGCUAUAAGAGAGAAGCAAGAAGAGCAGUAUGAAGAGAAGUUACCAGUGCUAGCAGUCCUUAAAAAGAUUUGGGUGAUGGCCUUGUGUGUGACUUGUGUUUUUAUGGUCACCCUAUCAGUUUUCCCUGCCAUCACUGUGCUGGUGAAACCAGAUGCCCUGUUUACAGGGAUAUGGAUGGACAUUUUUACUGCCCUCUGCUGUUUCCUAGUCUUCAACAUAAUGGACUGGAUUGGCCGAAGUGUCACCUCAGUUGUUCAAUGGCCCUCAAAGGAGAGCCGUCUCUUCCCGAUCCUUGUGGUGGCCCGACUGAUCUUCAUCCCAGCGUUCAUGUUGUGCAACAUUCCAUCGCGCCAUCUACCAGUAGUUUUCAAACAUGAAUUUGCCUAUAUACUUAUCAUGUCAUUGUUUGCUAUGACAAAUGGGUACUUUGCCUGUCUCUGCAUGUCCUAUGCACCACAGUUGGUGAGGCCUAAAGAUGCAGAGACAACUGGGGCUCUGAUGACCUUCUUCCUGGCUUUGGGGCUGUCCCUAGGAGCUGCGCUCUCUUUUGUGCUGAAAAUGCUAAUAUAGCUUUUACUGGUGACUCUCCUGGGUGUUAUUAAUACUCAAGUCAGAAAUGACUUAAAAUGCUUUGCUUUUAUGAUCUGUGUUUGUAUGUGUGUGUGUGUGUGUGUGUAUAUAUAUAUAUAUAAUUUAUACAGUACUGUGCAGAAGUUUGACACCCAAUUAAAAAAAAAAAUCAUUUUUAUUCACAAGAUGUAUGUUUAUAAAAAUUAGAAUAGAUGCAGAUAAAUGUAAAGAUAAAUGCAGUAAAAUACUUGAUUAACACGUUUAUAUAAAAUUUGACCUUUUAUAUCAAAUUUUCUCAGGUGCCUAAAACAGUACUUUAUUUUGUGGGUUCAGAAUCAGGAUUGUUGUCCUUGUCAACCAACAAAGGUGAUGAUUGACGAUUGCAACAGUUAGGUCUAUAUGAACAUUGGUUUACUCAGUAAAGCAACUAGCUGAACUAUUUAUAAUAUAGUUAUUAAGAAGACCUCUGCAGUCUUUUGGUCAAUCUUAGAUUCAAGACACCUUUUGAUCUUCGCUUGUAACACUGAAACUGGCACUUACUCACUCGGUCACUUUCUCUUUAACUCAAUCCCUCUGUUACGCUCUUUUUCCUUUCACUCCUUUUUCACUCACUCUUUGUGAAUAGAUAACUAAUUGGACCUGGUUAUAAAAUUACAACCUAUAAAUUAUUUAUAACAGCUGCAGUUGAAAAACCUUUAAAGAUGAGUUUAUGAAUAUUAUAACACCAUAACAUUUAUUUCACCAAACAUUUUUUUCAGCGUUCCACCACUAUUCUUUCUUAGAUUUCAACUAAAACACUGUAUGAUCUCUAACAUGCUCUUAACAUGCAGCAUAUUAUUUUUAAAUGUCUUUUUUACUGUUACUGAUAACUCAGUGCCCGGCUCUAGAGGAUUUCAUUAAGAAGCCCUUAAUUGCUUGGUUUAUUAGUUAGUGCUAGGUAUAAAAAAAGCUUUGUAAUUUUGGAGAAAUCAUCUCUAGCAGUGAAACCUACAGCAAAAUGUAUUGCAGAGCUUACAGAAAACUACCCAACUGCCAUCAUGUGACCAAAUUAUGAAAAACGAGUUAUUUUAAAGGCAAAAUAUAUUAAAAAAAAAAAAAAUAACAUCAACAAUGUCUUACUUAAAUUACUAUUGUAAUCUAAAAAAAUCUGUCAGCAAAUUU